GUUUAUUUUCUUCCAACUAUCCCAGCAAAGUACACUUACCAUUUCUUGGCAAAGCUGAAAAGCAUGUUCCAGUCUUUUCUCUAUUUUUGUACAAAUUUUUGUAUUUGAUAAUCCAUACUUAUCUUUCUGUUUAUACUGUAUUCAAACUUCAGACUGACGAUGGAAUUGUCAAAAUAUGGAGUGAUUCAGGAAGUGUUAGUGAUGACUGGAGCAAAGUUGAGUUACACUUGGGGAAACUGAGAAAUUUUGAAGUUAUCUUUGAAGGUAUUCGUACCAGAGACCUAGGAGGAGGAGCAGCACUAGAUGACAUAGAGUUCAACAACUGCUCUACAGCUGGAGAGAAUCCCAGGGAAUGCCCUGCCUUCACAGAUUUUAUGUGUUUGAAUGAGGAUUGCAUAGAAUCUCAACUUGUCUGUGACUAUAAACCAGACUGUGAAGACCUAUCAGAUGAGGUUGACUGCAGUUACUACACAAGCAUUCCUGGAAGUUGUAACUUUGAAACACAAGAGCAAGAAUGGACAACAGUAUGUGGAUUAACACAAGAUCGUGGGGAUGACUUUGACUGGAAUGUUAGCAGUGGCGGUGUCACUGGAAAAAUGAGUCCUGAUGCAGACCAUACACCAGGUAAAGGACAGCACUUCUUGUAUGUAAACUCAACUGCGCAGGAGGAAGGAAGUAGAGCAAGGAUAAUCACUACCAAAUUCUUCCCAGCCAGCCUUGGGGUCUGCAGAGUUAGAUUUUGGUUCUGGAUGUUUGCUUCUAGGCAAAGAGGAGUCUUAAAGGUAUACUCAGUUGAAGAACAUGGAAUGGAUAUUCUUAUGUGGUCUUCUAGCAAAAAUGAAGAAAACAAAUGGAUGUAUGCAAAUGUGGUCCUUUCCAGUAAUGCUCCUUUCAGAGUUGCCUUUGAAGCUGAGGUGGGGCAGAGUGAACCCACAGAAUUUGCUCUUGAUGAUAUUUCUUUCACCCUAGAAUGUGUGGAUGGAGGACCAGCUACACCACAGCCUCCAACUUGCAGUAGUGACCAGUUCCCAUGCGUGUAUGUGCAGCAGUGUUUGCCUCUCAAUGCAAAAUGUAAUGGGGCUGAAGACUGCUUGGAUGGAAGUGAUGAAAUUAAUUGUCCCACAGUGACCCCUACCACUAUGUCUCCAAGCUCCUGCAAACCAACAGAAUUCCUGUGUCCUUCCAAAGGCUGCAUCCCAGCUCUCCUGAAAUGCGAUGGUGUGCCUGACUGCCUGCUUAAUGAAGAUGAAGUUGGAUGCCCCAUUACAGAUUGUUUCAAUGGUGCUUUGCUAUGUGUGUCAACAAAUCAAUGCAUAGCAGUCUCCCAACGUUGUAACAGCAUUGCAGACUGCACUGAUUUCAGCCUUGAUGAGUCCAGCUGUUCAGCUUGUCCUGAAGAAUACUGCAAAAAUGGAGGAACCUGCAUCAUCAAAAAUGAUGUUCCUUUAUGUCAGUAAGUUUCACUGGGGAAUGGGACUGUUGA